UUCGCGGUGGAGCGGACGCCUUACAAGUAUUCUCAAGAUUCCUUUCGUUGGUUUAAAGACUUGACCUCCUCCUUUAUAAAAAAGGUGACAAUUUUUUGUUAUCAUGACUUCUCCAAACAAAGAAAUUUCCCGGAAACCGUCAGUUGCUCGUUCAUACACAAGUGAACUGGGCACAGUUCAAGAGGAACAAACGGGUGACGAAACGGACCAAACUUCUGUGAGCGAACGUUCGAUCGGGGGUCAGCAGACCCAAGACGACAGUAGCUCGGGUUUUGACGAAGGGGAUGUCAUGGCAAGCCUGCAAUCCAGUCCAAGUCUACGAGAAAUCUUGAAGACAAAGAUCAGAUAUCACUACAUGAAUCCUUUUCAGAAAUUUCGUGCAAGACGGAGAAAGCCGUGGAAGUUGGUUGUUCAAAUCGUGAAAGUCGCUCUUGUUACCCUCCAGAUAUGUUUAUUUGGACUGGAUCGUUUUUCCUUGGUCACAUUCCUGGACCAUAAUCGUGAUGCUUUGCGACACUUUUUUCUGAAAGACUAUCAGGGAAAAUGGCAAGAUGUUGUUGUGUACACAAGGGAACAGCUUUAUGAUUACCUUCACUAUGCUCAUGAACAGUAUUAUGAAAUCACGUCAGCCCCACUUGGGACAUACAACUAUACAACAAUGAAUGGCACUGAACCUCCCAAAAUGAAGCUGUGUUACAGCUACUAUAAGAAAGGAGGAAUUGUAAACAACACAUAUGUAUUUGAUCCCAAUGUAACACUUGUUUGCUUUUAUCUGGGACGCCCUGUAAACCAUGAGCACAUUAUUACAAACAAGUCUUUUAAUCUGGGAAGAUUACGUCACAUCAGCUUGAAAUUCUCAUUGAAGACUGUCAAUGUGAAGAAUGUCAAAGCGUGGGAUAAGCCUGCCUGUUAUCAGCUGAAUGUAACGAUUACAUUUGAUAAUGUGAAACAUGAUGGAAGAAUGCCAGUUGACUUUGAUAUGACCAACAUUUGGUUAGAAUGCGUGCGUGGGAAAAUAAAGGGCCAGAACCACUUAAGAACCCACUUCAUCACUGUUGCCUUAGUGAUGUUUGAUUACAUUGUUAUCUCCAUUUGCUCACUGUCUCUGGUACUUUGUGCAAGAUCAAUUUACAAAUCUCUAAAGUUGGCAAAGGAGGCUGCCAGCUUUUUCAAGAAUGAGCUCCUUGAAGACUUCACCUUCUCAGACUACCAGGAAUUUGUUAGUCUAUGGGUUAUUGUUAUUAUGUCAAGUGACGUACUCACAAUUGUUGGCUCAGUAUACAAAAUGGCCAUCGAUCAAAAGGAUAGUGAUUUCUAUGAUGUCAGCAGUAUAUUUCUGGGAACAGCAGUUCUUUUGGUUUGGAUUGGUCUUCUACGGUUCCUUGGAUACUCAAAGAAAUACAACGUUCUUUUGGAGACUCUAAAGGCUGCGACUCCAAGUAUGGCCAGAUUCUUUGUCUGUGUGAUUUUGAUAUUUGUUGGUUUUAUGUUUUGCGGCUGGAUCGUCUUUGGUCCUUUCCAUCCUAAGUUUAAGACGCUAGAUAUAACUGCAGAGUGUCUGUAUUCGAUGAUCAAUGGAGAUGACCUUUACUAUACCUAUGCGGAGAUAACUAGAACCAACAGCCCUCUUGUUGUGUGGAUAUUUAGCAAAAUCUAUAUCUACAUCUUCAUUGCGCUCUUCAUUUAUGUGGUGCUGAGUUUAUUCAUUGGUAUCAUUGCGGACACAUAUGAGAGACUAAAGGAUAUGGGGCAUGUACCCGAAACGAAGAUCCAAAGGUUUCUACGUGAACCAGCAAACGUUGGCAGAACAGUUCAAAGCGACGUAGAUUACACACCAGAGACGACCCCUACAACAGAGGCCAUUACAGCUCCUACGCAAAGGGAAGGAACGAGUCACUAUGGGAGAACUCGUUCUACCAGUGCAGUGGAUGCCAUCAUGAGAAAUUUCUCCCUAGACUCAACGGGAGUGGAGUGAAUAAUUCAACUAAUAUCUUCAGCUUCAACUGAAAGUCCUAUUGCGACGGGUGUAGAGAAAGAAGAGAUUGCCCAAGUCGUGGAAAAAAGCAUCUUGACGCCCACAUGUUUGUACCUAAAUGGAGAUACCUCUUUACGACGUGAACCUUGCAAAUCUGGAACGUUGCAAAUACUUUCUUUGAUUUAUUAACAAUACCAAAGUUUCAACUCUGAAACUUCAGCAUAGAAAAAUAAACCUCAGCAUAACUCUCUAAGGAACCGUGAUCUCGAUUUUUGUAAAAAUAAAUGGAUCCUUUAGGUUGUAGUAAUCAAUUCUACUGAGGUCAUUUUAAGAAGCCGUUGCGUUCGACUGGUAACAACAUUUUCCGUGACUAUUCUAAAACCUGUUACAUAAUUUUGAAAAUGGUGUCAGUCUUCAGAAAGGUUCUUGGAUUCCAAAAUUAUACGGAAAAAGCUUGCAGAAAUUGUCAUCUUGGAACGUUUCCAUUGAUUACGACCGUUCGUGAAUUUAAAAUUAAUAAAGCAAGGACCAAUCAAGUUUGCAAAAGCCUCUAGAACUCAUAAACUUCUGAAGAAAAAUUUAUCUCAACAAGGGUUAUUUUGAUCUUAAAUAUUAUCAUUGAAUAGCCUAACGAAUUGGGAAUUUGGGCAUGUUUAUGGGCAACACACCUAUGGGAAGUACUUAAUUUCGUUUUUGUAAUUUUAUAGACAAUCAAGUUUACGAAAAAUGUAUUUAAGUAACGGAUGGAGAUCGUUAUUUUAACUUCUACGAAGAAACAAAUAAAAGUAUUUCAUAACUUGA